ACUCUUCUUUCAGCUCACUUUAUUUAUACCACUCCUUGUCAUAAAACUUUUUGUGCUCACUGUUUUUUUUCACACUUGAGGGCCUGAGUUCAAUAUGCAGCUCUGUGUUGUAUUUUUCACUCAGUUGAUCAAUUAAUAUCAACAUUAUUUUCUCUGGCUCUCUCAACUGUUUUCUUGUUUUUUCCUUUCUGAAUUCUGAUUCUUGAAUUUAUGGCUUUUAGAUCUGGUUUUUGCCAUUUAUGGUAUUAAAUUUUCACACCAAAGAUCUGAUUUUUCUGCAUCUCCUUGAGUUUUGGAGAGUUAGGUCUUCUCUAGAUUCCUCAUCUCAUGCUUCUGUCAAAAAAAAUUAUAUAAAUUUAUUUUCAUGUUAUUCUCUUUGAAUAUAUGACUGCUCACUGAAACCACCAGUUCUUGUGCAGUUUAUCUGGUGCAAUUAAGUGGCAAAACAAGUAAAUUUAGAGUUUCAGUUCUGUCCAAUUAUAUUCAAAAUUUGUGUCCUGAUCAUAGAAAAAUGAAUCAAGGUCUAGACAUUUUGUCAAGGCCUAAUUCAAGCUGGCUCUUCGAAAGCAAGCCAACAAAAUGGACCUUAGAAGAGAACAAGCAAUUUGAGAAUGCACUAGCUUUGUUUGAUAAGGAUACUCCAGAUAGAUGGUACAAUAUAGCUGCAAUGAUCCCGGGGAAAACGGUGAAUGAUGUGAUGAAACAGUACAAAGAAUUAGAAGAAGAUGUUAGUGUAAUUGAAGCUGGAUUGAUCCCAGUUCCAGGCUAUGCAAGUGAUAAUUCUUUCGAACUUGAAUGGAUUAAUAAUCAAGGCUUCGAAGGGUUGAAACAAUUUUAUGUUCCAGGUGGAAAACGAAGCCCCUCGGAUCGGCCUUGUGAUCAAGAAAGGAAGAAAGGUUUGGCAUGGACAGAGGAAGAACACAGGCAAUUUCUGAGGGGGCUUAAAAAGUAUGGUAAAGGGGACUGGAGAAAUAUUUCGCGAAAUUUUGUGACUUCCAGGACUCCAACACAAGUUGCUAGUCAUGCUCAGAAGUAUUUCAUUAGACAACUCUCCGGAGGCAAAGAUAAGAGAAGAUCAAGCAUUCAUGAUAUCACAACCGUCAAUCUUGCAGAAGCCAAAUCCACAUCACCGGACAACCCAAAACCUCCUUCAGCGAAUAAAUUUAUAGCAGUCGAGCAGCAGCAUCAACAAGAUUCCAGUAACAUUGGCAUGGGAAAAGCAUUACAUGACUGGAACAUCCAAAAUCAAGGAGCAGUCAUGGCUUUUGAAAUGCCAAAUAGAAUGAAGACUGAAGCUUUUAGCGGAAACUCUACUUAUGAUACGCGAAAAAGCUUUCUACAAGGGCCUCAGUUUGGUUUAUACAAUUCAGUUUCUUGGACUCAACCCUGACAAUGAAGACAACCCUUUCAGAACAGGGGAGUUCUUGUUUUAAGGAUCAAUCAGGAGUUAAGCUAAUGUACAAGGAAGUUAACCCCUUUUAACCAGGGGAAUUCUUGUUUCAAGGAUCAUCAGGAGUUAAGCUAAUAUAUAAGGAUUUGCUUUUACACAUUGCAAUCAAUAGAUCAGUGUCUCUCGGUGAGCCUCUUUUUUAUUUUGCAAGAACAUUGGUAUGAGUCCAUUUUAUGCAGCUAGUAUGCAUGAUUGAUCUGAAUUUGGCA